CUCAGACAAGAGGUACUCUCCUUCGGCUGACCUUCUUCCGACUCUGCUAAUUCAUUCGAAAUCGAGCCGAUCGUCGCAACAUGAAGACAUCCUGUCUGAUAAAGUGCAUUCUGCUCUGCUUUUUGAUCUCAUCCUGUUCAGCAAUGGAAAAAGAGAGCACAUGGGACGCGACGGAGAUCAAGGAGUGGGGAGGACCAGCUCGGGAUGACCCUAAGGCUCCUCCUUCUCGCGGGUCUCCCGCCAUCAAGAAAGAUUUCUCAUCGCUCUUGCAGACGGGCGGCCACCAGCUAAGGACCGCUGAACCAGGUUCAACCAGCAGUACUACCCAUCACUUGACGGAGGACAUUUUUGAAGAAGAAGAGGAGCAACCAAGGAAGAACCUCAGUGCACGCAUCACCGACUCUCUCAAAAACUUGUCAGAGGCUAAGACAGAUUCAGAGGGACUGAUACCGCUGCAGAUCCAGGAUCCUCCUACGCCACAGCCCAAGAAGGCGGGGAACUCCGACUUUAUCACCGAGACCCUAUCCAUCCUCCCCAAGGCCGUCGAGACUCAUUCGUUGCUUCAGUUGUCUACAUCCUAA